AAAAUGGCACGUCAGCAACAGGACGUCGAUGAACUUUUCGAUGUUAAAAAUGCGUUUUACGUUGGAAAUUACCAACAAGCCAUUAACGAGGCACAAAGUGUUAAGCCAUCAUCACCCCUUGUAGCUUUGCAACGUGAUGCAUACCUGUAUCGCUCAUACAUCGCUCAGGGCAACUACAGGAUUGUCCUGCAAGAACUGAAGUCUGCGGACCCUAUGCUACAGCCGCUUAAGAGCUUGGUUGACUAUUUGUCUCCAGGGGCAAGCAAACCGGUUAUUGUUGCUGACAUUGAUGCUAGGGUAGCAAAAGGCACCGAGCUAUCAAAUGAAAUAUUCAUAAUUGUAGCUGCAACUAUUUACUAUCAUGAAGAGAAUUAUGAAGCAGCUUUAAAGAUUCUCCAUGGAACAGAGUCCUUAGAACACCGAGCAUUCUCUCUGCAAUGUCUGCUAGCAAUGAACCGGCCAGACUUGGCCCGCAAACAACUCAAACUCUUACAGGAUAUUGAAGAUGACGGUACACUGACUCAGCUUGCGCAAGCCUGGCUAAACUUAGCCCAGGGUGGACCAGGAGUGCAGGAUGCCCACUACAGUAUUAUGGAGCUGUCAGAGCGGCUUGGCGCGCUAGGCGCAGGCCCGGCCGCCGUCGGUGCCGCCGCCGCCGCGUCAAGAGGCAUGUGGGAGGAGGCGGAGCAGCAGCUGACGGAGGCGCUGGCGCGCGCGCCGCAACAUCCCGACUUGCUGCUGGGGUUAGCCGUUACCGCCGCGCACGCAGGGAAGGCACCGGAGGUAUCCUCACGUUACCUGGCCCAAUUAUUGGAUAGCCACCCGGAGCACCCUUUCACGCGGGAGUAUCACGCCAAAGCCAACGAGUUCAAGCGGCUCGCUGCGCAGUACCAGCCUACCGUUUCCAGUUAAAGAAUUUAAUUCUAUGUAUUCGAAGAUUAUAAUUAUAUUGGAUUUACUAUUGUAU